AUGCGCCAAGUGCUUGAGAUUUACCUCAACUGGAAUCUACUUUGGAUCAUCUCCAUCACCGGUUGUAGUUUGUGCCCUCACGGCAGUGCAUGGGAGAUGGCCGGAGCAAAGUCCAUUUUUGGCAUCAAUCAGUCACCGACGUCGUUUCCGCCGUCGCUACCGGGAGCCGCCUUUAGGCACCAUCGUUGGCCACCACCUACGGGCACCACCGCCAGCCACCACCUUCAAGCGUUAUCGCUGUCGUCGCCUGUCGCCUUUGGCGUCACCGGUGCCACUGACCGCCGCCUCCGAGCAGCGCCACCGGUCGUCUCCGGACGCCGCCGCCAGCCGCCUCCGGGCGCUACCGCCAGCCACCUCCGAGCGCUGCCGCCAGCCACCUCCGAGCGUUGCCACCAGUCGCCUCCGAGCGUCGCCGCUGGCCGCCUUCGGGCACCGCCGUCGCCGACCACUGCUGGUUGCCUCCAGGCACCGCCGUCAACCACUAUCGCUAGCCACCAGCCGCCACUGCCGGCAGCCACCUCCCAGCACCCUCGACCACCGGCCGCCACUAGUCGCCACCGUCGGCAGCCACCUCCGGUAGCCACCUCCGAGCACCCUCAACCAUCGGCCGCCAUAGCCUGUCACCGACAUCGUCGCCACCAGUUGCCACCACCUCCAGGCAUCGUCAGCCAGCGCCGCUGGCCGUAA